UCCUUUCCCAAUGAACAACAGCUUCUGCUUUAAAUUGUGUGAGGUCUUGAACACGAUCAGUUUUCCUUAGAUUUGGUGUCGCUGUUGAUAGAACAUGUGAAUGAGGAGCAGUCCAUCGCGUGCACCAGUAUCGACUACAGUAAAAGAUGAGAAGGAAAGUUUGAUACGCAAAAAAACGGAAGGACAUGGAGGUGCAGUUCGCGUCUGCCAAUGCAUCCCAACAGAAAGGGCACCCUGAGACCAAACUUCGCAGUUACAGUCAUUAUACAUGGGACUAACAACCGCGUCUAUACCUGGCUCUCGGGAUGGACGCGCAUGUUCCACUGCGGAAUAUAGUGUAGCAGCUUCUCCACGAAUGAUUCUGGGAAUGAAAGAGCCUCCAUGAAAUAGCAAGCACGAAUAUUAUCACUACGAAACUCGCUGUAUUAAAUACAGUAAACAACAGUUGUAGGUUCUCCAGUUGACGUUCCUGGUUCCACACCAACACUCAGGAGAAGCGUAGAACAUGACUUACAGGCCUGUGCCAGAGGUUGGCACUGGGCUGUUGAGCCAGCCUUGCCCCUGUCAGGCCAUCUAGAAGAAAAUGCCCCACAAUAUCAUGACUGAGAGGCACUGAGGCUUGGAUUGCCCCCACGCCAUCAUUGCCCUCAACACCCCCCUUUGAAUUCCCCUGACCUGUGACCCUUAACCUCCCCAUCCUGCCCCACAAUGCUUCGUUUCCUGCCUCUGAAGCUGGGUCGCCUCUUUCGCUGUCUGAAGCUCCUUUUGGUUGUCGGCCUGUUCGUCAUCCUGCUGAUGAACACCCACAACCUGUUUGCCUCCUUCCAGAAGAAUGAACUGAUGGACCGUCGCUUUAUCAACCUCAACAAGUGCCCUGCCUGCUUCGGGACCAGCUGGUGCAGAAAGUUUAUGAACGGGCAGGUGUCCUUCGAGACGUGGGGGCGCCUGCGCUUCCUGGAUGUCUUCAACGUCAAGAACGUCUACUUCGCCCAGUAUGGCGAGCCAAGGGAGGGGACGAGGCGCGUGGUUCUCAAACGGCUCGGUUCCAACCAGGAGCUGGCGGACACAGACCAGAAGAUUUGCAAGAGGGCAACGGGCCGGCCACGCUGCGAUCUCAUCCAGGCCAUGUACAAGACGGAGUUCUCCCGACUGAACGGGGAUGUCCGACUCUUGACCCCUGAGGUGGUAGAAGGCUGGUCAGAUUUGGUGCACUGCCCAUCCCAGAGGUUACUAGACAGGGUGGUGCGCCGCUAUGCAGAGACCAAAGACUCUGGCAGCUUCCUGUUGAAGAACUUGAAGGACACCGAGAGAAUGCAGCUACUGAUGACUCUAGCCUUCAACCCUGAGCCCCUCGUACUACAGAGUUUCCCGUCAGAUGAGGGCUGGCCAUUUGCCAAGUACCUGGGAGCAUGUGGUCGCGUGGUGGCAGUCAACUACGUGGGGGAAGAGCUGUGGAGUUUUUACAAUGCUCCCUGGGAGAAGAGGGUGGACCUAGCCAGACAGUUGAUGGACAUUGCUGAGCAGCUGACCAACAACGACUUUGAGUUUGCCCUGUACCUGCUGGACGUGAGCUUUGAUAACUUUGCUGUGGGGCCGCGGGACGGGAAAGUCAUUGUGGUGGACGCCGAGAAUGUCCUGGUGGCCGACAAGAGACUCAUCAAACAGAAUAAACCAGAGAAUUAUGACGUUUGGUAUGAGAGUCGCUUCGAGGACUGUGACAAGGAGGCGUGUCUGUCCUUCUCCAAAGAGUCUCUGUGUAGCCGGGUCACUGUGGACCAUAACUACUAUGCUGUGUGUCAGAACCUGCUGUCGCGCUACGCCACGUGGCGAGGUACCACCGGUGGCCUGCUCCAUGACCCCCCCGCCCACAUGGCCAAAGAUGGCCAGCUGGCGGCGCUGUUGGACGAGUGCACCAACCCCAAGAAACGCUAUGGGCGCUAUACGGCAGCCAAGGAGCUGAGGGACUACCUGACUCUGCUGGCCUCCUCGUCUUCCUCCGCCACGGCGAGGUAAUGACAGCAGCUCAGAGAGGACUGUUGUAUGGGGUUGGGUUUGACCACCCCAACCUGUUCCCCAGGAACUUGACCUUUAACCUUUGAAACUUGGCCCUGCUCCUCAUCAACCUACAAGUCCAGGAGUUUGUUCUCAGUCCGUGGUUACAAGGCAGCAACGCCAGCAGUGAUAGGUCCUCUGCUCUUUGAUGGAGGCCCACCUGCACCGCUUCAUAGGAAAUGUUGGAACCGAACUGAGAAGGUCCAAAACCUAGAGACCGAUAUGCAGCUGAGACCUCUUUCAACCUCUGUCGUCCUUCACCUCUUGUUUACAUGAUUCCUCCUGACUUUGGAACUGGUGGUUGGAGCUAUAGAACCAGGAGUAAGGGGGUCAGUCUCCUUUCAAUCCGCAGGGGGGCUGCUGUCCAGUGGGGAGCAAUGGGAAGACUGGGGGGGGCUCCACUGGAGCUUUAACAUCAUAGCUAAGAUAGGCUUUGAAUGCCUGCUUUCAAGCACUUUGAAGCUUCUUUCAGGAGGCUGGGCUCGAGUGGAAGGCUGGGAAUGGGACUGUGGUUGAAAGGACUCUAGCCAGGGAAAGACUCCUACAGUCCCACACACACACCCUGUCAGGCAGCUGGUGGGACCUGGGAGCAGCAGGUAGAGAGAGAUGGGGGGAGCUAUUCUUCUAAUCUAUCCUUCAGUCCUGACCUGAGUCAUUCCAGUUCCCUGAAGAAAUGCUCUUCUCUGUGAUCCAGUAGGAACCCAGUGUGCAUAGGAAGGUUUGUAUGAAUGGAACUAGGCCCAGAGUGAGCCAAGCUGAAUCAGUGGCAAAGGAACCGUGUAAAAUCCGCUGAGCCAUUGCACUGACCUGUCUCUGAAUGUCUCUGAAUGGGUGUAAUUGGUGAAUAGUCAGGUUUCCAUCAACCCUUUUUUUUUUUUUU